GCCAAUUCACCUCUUGGAUGAAUCGCAGCUCUUCAUCGAUAAACACGAAUUCCACUGGCUUCGCCGGUGCCCAGCCAAGUGGAUUUACAGGGGGAUACACCCAGCAACCGCAGCAGACUGGGUAUCCUACCAGCCCCACCGGUGGCCACCCUCAGCAGACCGGCUUCAACGCCGGAUAUGGUGCGCAACAGGCGCAAUCCACCGGUAGACCCUUCCAGCCAGCGAGCUCAUUUGGUCAGCAGCUUGCAUCGCAAGUCAAUGGGGCGUACGGGCAGCAGCCCGUGCCGCAGCAGCAACAGCAGCAACAGCAGCAACAGUACUCGGGGUACCCGACCCCGCCUCAGUACGGCACUGCCUAUGGAUAUCCCCAACAGCAACAGCCCCAGCAGACUCAGUAUCUCGCCGAGUUUGACCCGUACGCGCCGCAGCAGACAUCGGCGCAGGGGCAGGGUCCAUCGCAGAACAAAUAUCAGACUCCUCAUCCCCGCGAUUACGUUCGAAACAACAAGCAAGGGCUGGAGUCUUGGGAUUCAUACGCGUGGAAGCAGGUUAUGAACUGCUUCGACACGCUGAAAGACGCCUGGGCGAAUCGCAAGAAGGAGCUUGAGGCGCGGAUGAACGCUGUGAGCGGGCAGGGCCUCUUCGGAGGCGGUGGCUAUGGCGGUGGCUAUAGCUAUGGAAACCAGUACGGCCGGUACGGCCAGCAGCAACAAUACGCCCAAGCACAAGAGUACUCGCGUCUGGAGCAGCUUGCGAAGCAAGCAGAUUCGAACGUCGACAUUGUUGUUGCGGCUUCAUUCCAGAUGAAUGAGGCCCACGAUGGCUACCGUCAGUCAGGAGACUUGGCGUCAAAGAAGCGUGUUCGUGAGGCCAUCAAUGCUGCUCUGGGUAAUCUGCCUGAUUGGCCUGCUGAAAACUACUGAGCGGACGGAAUCCAUGAUGGUAGGCUUGCUGGAUGGAAUCCUGAGACUACGUUCGUAUCUCUCUCUCGCUUAGUGGUUUAGAUAGCCUCAGGUCGGUUGUGUGCAGGAUUACUUGUUGUAGGAUAGCAAUGAGAUAGCAGAG